AUGUCUUCGGCAGAGAACGGCAGCAUUUCACAGGGCGAGGGCAAGGACCCGUCUAGCUUCCUGAGCGACAUCAUCGGCAAUCCUGUCAUUGUUAAACUCAACUCUGGCGUCGUCUACAAGGGUGAAUUGCAAUCAGUGGACGGCUACAUGAACAUUGCGCUAGAGAAGACGGAGGAGUAUAUCAACGGCAAGAAGCGUAGGGAUUACGGAGAUGCAUUCGUGCGAGGAAACAAUGGUGGGUGCAUCUUAUAG